AUGUCUGAUAACUACGCUUAUAUCGUUGCCGCUUCAAGAACUCCAAUCGGUUCAUUCCAAGGUAAAUUAGCUUCUUUAAAUUAUGUUGAUUUAGGUGCUCAUUCAGUUACUUCUGCUUUAGCUCAAGUUCCAGAAAUUAAACCUUCAGAUGUUGAAGAAAUCGUCUUUGGUAAUGUUAUUCAAGCUAAUGUUGGUCAAAAUCCAGCAAGACAAGUUGCCCUUAAAUCAAACUUAGGUGUUAAUACUGUUGCCACAACUGUUAAUAAAGUUUGUGCUUCAGGUUUAAAAUCUACUAUAAUAGCUGCUCAAUCAAUCUUAUUAGGUAAUGCUGAUAUCGUUGUUGCUGGUGGUUCUGAAUCAAUGACUAAUGCUCCAUACUAUGUCCCAACUGCUAGAUCUGGUGCUAGAUUUGGUGAAGCUUCUUUAGUUGAUUCUUUACAACGUGAUGGGUUAUCAGAUGCUUAUGAUAAUCAAGCUAUGGGUGUUCAUGCUGAAAAAUGUGCUAAAGAUUAUCAAUUAUCAAGAGAUGAUCAAGAUAAUUUCGCAAUUAAGUCAUAUACCAAGGCUCAAAAAGCUCAAGAAUCUGGUAAAUUUUCAAAUGAAAUUUCACCAAUUACAAUUAAAGGUUUUAGAGGUAAACCUGAUACAAUUGUUGAAUCUGAUGAAGAACCAUCAAAAUUAAAUGUUGAUAAAUUGAAAAGUGCAAGAACUGUUUUCCAAAAAGAUAAUGGUACCGUUACUGCACCAAAUGCUUCAUCAAUUAAUGAUGGUGGUGCUGCUUUAGUUUUAGUUUCACAUAAAAAAUUAAUUGAAUUAAAUUUAAAACCAAUUGCAAGAAUCUUAGGUUGGGGUGAAGCUGCCCAAAAUCCAGAAGAUUUUACAACAGCUCCAUCAUUAGCAAUUCCAAAAGCUUUAAAACAUGCAAACAUCUCAAUUGAAAAUGUUGAUUUUUUUGAAAUUAAUGAAGCUUUUUCAGCUGUUGGUUUAGCAAAUCAAAAAAUUUUACAAAUCCCAGAUUCCAAGAUUAAUGUUUAUGGUGGUGCCGUGGCAAUUGGUCAUCCAUUAGGUUGUUCAGGUGCAAGAAUUAUUGUUACUUUAACUUCAGUUUUAAAUCAAGAAAAUGGUAAAAUUGGUGUUGCAGGUAUUUGUAAUGGUGGUGGUGGUGCAUCAUCAAUUGUUAUUGAAAAAUUAUCAUCAAAUCAUUUUUCAUUAUAA